UGUACAGUCAUAAGUCGGACUCCGAGGAGCCAGGAAGUAACUGUGAGCCAUGCAGCUCAUGAGACGGAUAAAGUAGAGCGAGCGUCUGUUGUCAGCAGUCGGAGAUCACACGCGCGAGAGUGAAGAAGAAUAACAGCCAACUGCAAAUUAGUGCCAAAUCUAUUGGAGUAGUGCUCAGUGACCUCACAGGAGGCGAAAUCCGAGGAAGAAGAGGAAGCUCACUGCUACACACUCCAUCAUAAGAAGAAAAAGACGGAAGGAAAUAAGAGCGGGACUGAGGAGUUUCAAGGCAACGCUUCUCUCUUUGCAAGUUUAGACAAAGACAAAUUAACAACAUUGAUCAAAUCGCGUUCAAGAUGCCUCGGGUGGUCCCGGAUCAGAGGAGCAAGUUCGAGAACGAGGAGUUCUUCAGGAAACUCAGCCGCGAGUGCGAGAUUAAAUACACCGGUUUCCGAGACCGGCCGCACGAGGAGAGGCAAGCCCGCUUUCAGAACGCGUGCCGUGACGGCCGCUCAGAGAUAGCUUUUGUGGCAACCGGCACCAACCUCUCACUGCAGUUCUUCCCAGCCAACCUUCAUGGGGAUCAGCGGCAGGCGCCCACCCGAGAAUAUGUGGACUUCGAGCGGGAGACGGGAAAGGUAUAUCUGAAGGCUCCUAUGAUCCUGAAUGGAGUGUGUGUGAUCUGGAGAGGCUGGAUUGAUCUUCAGCGUCUUGAUGGAAUGGGUUGUCUGGAGUAUGAUGAUGAGAGGGCGCAGCAUGAAGAUGCUCUAGCCCAGGCAGCUUUUGAGGAGGCCCGCAGAAGGACCCGUGAUUUUGAAGACAGGGAUCGUUCACACCGUGAGGACCUGGAGGUGAGAGCUGCAGAGAAUGAGGAUGCCGAUGGCACAUCUCAGCCAUUUAAUAACUCAGGAGGACCCUGUGGCAUCAAAAAUCUGGGACUGAUGGCCUUCAGCGACCAGGCCCAGGCGACAGCAGGACCCCAGCCCUGGCUCCAACAUGGCCAACACUGACGAUCACAAGAUGCGCUAGCGGCAUUUACCAAAGCGGGCAGGGAUAAGGGUCAAAAGACCUCCAUCACCACAGCAAUCUCAUCUCCUGAUGCCUUGUUUAUCACAGGACAGACCAAAGUCCACUCCCGUGGGGAAUUUCGGGUGGGAUGUCUGGGUUAGGCAGGGGUAACAUUGGUCCCUAUUUUAGCCUGGUGAAGGGGCUGGGUGGGUUGGGCUGGGCUGGUAUUGAUGUGAGUCAGAUAUUCAUUUGCAUUUGAUUUAGUCCCUUGUUUCUUCUUGGGAUUUUUGCACUAUGUGAAACUUUCAGUUUAAGUCCCCAAAUGGCCUUUCGGUACGCAUGGUUUUCCUACCUACCUAUGUUUGCUCUUGUCCGCUCUAUGCAAGGCAUCUUAUUUUAUUGUUUAGCCCUAUUGUAAUGAAAUGACAUUUUUUAAUUAUUUUACUCAGAUGUGUGAACGUCAGGAUGUUUACUUUUUUGUAUUUUAAUUUUCUAUCUAUAUAUAAUUGUCUGUCCUUGUGCUUCCAUAGAAUAAACUAGUAAACGUUGCUAGGUAGAUUUGUGCAGUAGAGUAGAACAAGUUUUUUUUUUAUUUCAAAAAAGAAAAAUCUAGAAAGAGGCUGCUGAUGAUGUGGAUGAGGAUGUCUUUUUCUUCUACCAUCCUUCUCCAUGUUCUGUCUUCCUCUCUCUUUCUGUUGCAAGCAGUUGAAGCAUGCUUUGAACAUGAACCAAGCAGCAGAAAGUGAAUAUUGAGGUCAGUGUUACUCUGAGCGGUGCUCUACACAAAAUGAGGCCGACAUUUGGUUUUUCACCCUACAUUUGUGCUUAUUUCAGUCGCUCUGCUUUUUCUUUCAUUUAUGUUUUUCUGGUUAUGUUUUCUUCAUGCCUUGGCAGUAAUGUAGGCAGGCUUUUCACAGUGUUUCAUUGCAUAUUCUGUUUACUCUGGAGUUUCCUAAAUUAAUACUUUAUCCAUAAUUUAAAUUCAUUAUCCAAAAUGGAGAAAGUUGUACUUUUUUGUUUUGUUUUGUUUUUUGCCACCCACAUAUUUUACCUGCUUUUCUGUUUACUUUGGGAUUUCAAUGAGAUUUUAAAAUAUAAAACCAGCUUAAUGUAUGCAGUUGUUAAUCAUUUUAAACUAGGUAUGACUGAAAUAAAUGGGUGAAGUUUUAAACAGUUUCCAUUCAGAAAUGUGACCCAAAGAAUAAUAAAUGACAGUAAUGUUUAUGCAACGUAAAGCUGUUGUUUCUGGACAGAUUUAAAAUUACAUUAUAUUUAAAAUCUGCCUCUGUUAUUGUAAUAUGCAAGUGCUUAUCUCUUGAUAAGAUGAUCAUAUACAGGUUUUGGGGAUGUACAGAUCUGUCAGUGUUUUAAGACAGUAAGUGUGGUUGAACAGAACAUUUUUUGUUGAGAGAAAUUUGCUGUUAAAUGUUGGGAAGAAAAGAGGAUGGAAAUCAAUUGCUACAAAUGUUACUCUGUAUACAUACAGAAAGCUCAUAAUCAACAACGUCAUAGCAAUACACCAUAAAUGGUAGCAAAGUGGUAGAAUCUGCAUUAAUUGGUCUCUUCCAACAUUUUAUUUUACUUUUCAUUUAGCAUUAUUGCCUCAUCUCAUUGGUAUGUUGUUUAUACCACAGCCAAUAACCACAAUUUAAGGGCCAAGUUCUUUUUUUAUUUUUUUUUUUUUUUUUUUUGAGAUGCUGCAGGAGAAGGUAUGGCCUACCUCUAGCUUAAACCAAAAAUACACAAAUGUACACAAAAGAGAGCUUAUUUAUUGAAAGCAAGUUCAUGUUGUUUUGAGUUCUGAGGAAAAAGUAAUCAUGGUUUAGUAGAAUGUCAAAGCUUUAAAUCAUAGUGGGAAUUUAUGCCAUUCUAUGAUCAGAGGCCGUGUACCAGGAGGUUAUUGGGGUCUAGCUAUAUUUUAAAGAUGCCAGAGGAAGAGAACUUGACCAAACCAGAUUCAACAAUACAGUCCUGCUACAAUUCUGUAUACGGUCUCCUUGCAUAGCUAUCCUCCCCUUUCUAGGUGUUUUUAUGCUAUGUAUAAAAGAAAUAACCUUGCUGGUCCCCCAUAAUAAUUUUUUUCUCACCCCUUUACUUAAUGCUGGCAUUAAGGCAAAAUACUCACCAGGUACAGAAUGGCUCUUUUUUAAUGAUUGAAUAAAUAAAAUGUUUAUUUUCUUAAUUGUUUUUAAGUUAUUGAUGCAGGUAUACUGAUUAUUAUCAGUUACAUUAUCAUUAUCAUUAUACUUUCAUUAUCAGGUUCCACUAUGAUAUGUAUUUCUGUAUUGUUAUUGCUUGCUUUUUCCCCUUGGCUCCCUAAGGUCUUUGGUUUUAGCAUUUAUUAUUAUUAUUAUUAUUAUUAUUAUUUGUUUUACAUUUAAGUGAGGAGGACUGUUAACUGGUGUAAUGUUUGAACUGUUUCUUAAUAAACUUGUUACAAACCA